AUGCAAGACAAAGCCAACAUCCUGCUAAUCGGCUGUGGUGGCAUCGGCACUAUUGCUGCACUGAACUUGGAACUUGGAGGCAAAGCCAUUGUCACUGCUGUCCUGCGUUCCAAUUAUGAUCAUGUCAAAGCUCACGGCUUCUCCAUAAAGUCCAUCGACCACGGAGAGGUGAAAGGCUUCCGACCGUCAAUUUUACGGAACACCAUCCCAGACGUUGAGAAAGAGAACCUUCCCCCAUACCGGUACAUCGUCGUCACCACCAAGAACUACUCCGAUGUGCCCCCCACCGUAGCAGAGAUCAUCCGCCCCGCCGUCACCAGGGGUUACACGCGCAUCGCGCUCGUCCAGAAUGGCCUGAACAUAGAAAAGCCCCUUAUUGCCGCGUUCCCAGAAAACAUCAUCCUCUCGGGCGUCAGCUUCUGUGGUUCCCAUCAGGUCUCCUUGGGAGAGAUCGUCCACGAAGACGAUGACGAGCUUUACGUGGGAGCCUUCCGCAACCCCAAUUUAACCCUUGACGAAGAGGAUGCGGCCGCUAAAGAAUAUUGUGAAAUUUAUGGGGCCGGUGGCAAGUGUAAUCCUCAGUUCAACCCCAACGUCGGGUUCAGUCGCUGGCGGAAGCUGCUGUACAAUGCCUGCUUGAACCCCAUCUGUGCCAUCACAGAUCUAGACACCGGUCGCAUCCAGCUGGCAGACGGUGCCAUUGAGAAUCUGGUCCGACCGGCCAUGGAGGAGAUCCGCGCAGGUGCGAAGGCAUGUGGGCAUGACUUACCACCUGAGCUGGUGGACUUUAUGAUCACAAUGGAUCCCAUUACCAUGUACAAUCCCCCCAGCAUGCAGGUGGAUAUCCGCAAUGGCCGGUUCUGUGAGUAUGAGAACAUCGUGGGAGAGGCACUGAAGGAAGGAAAAGCCAGGGGGGUCCCCAUGCCGACAUUAACAGUGUUGUACGGCCUUCUCAAGGCCAUCCAGUGGCGGACCAAGGAAAGAAAGGGGCUGGUGCAGAUUCCAGAACCGGAGGACCAUACAGUUAAGAAGUGA